ACCGGUCACACCGCUGCAAUUGCAAUCAACGAGAAACGAGCGAAUUGCAACGAGCAGGCGAAAAAUCACAAAAAGCGGAAAAUCACAACAAUCGUGGGUGCAAACGGAGCGGAAAUAGCGAGGCAAAGGAAAGUGCCCGGAAAAUCGGAUGGCCCAGCAGUGAAAGCCCAAAACGCAGAGGCGCACUUGGCGCGUUUCAAAGGGGAAAGGCGCGUUGUUUAGCGUUCUGUUUCCAAGCUCUCGAAUUCGUUUCGAUUCCAAAACCAAACCAAUCCAAUCCCCACUCACACACACGCUCACUCACUCCCUCACACACACACACAGACACGCGCGCGCAUACAGUGAACGAGUGAAAGUGCAUCUACAUCUGUGAUUUCGUAUAUAAUAAUGCGUCGCGCAUACGCGGAUUUGGCCAGGAGAAGCACCAAAGACUAACAAGUGAUCCGAACCGGGGAUUCAGUUGGUUAGUUGGUCAACCCCGAAUCCCCCCGCGCUCUCCCUCUCCCGCGAAAUGGCCGAUCCGGUGGCGCACACCAAAGAAACGGAUGCGGAGGAGUCGCUGGACACCAACAUGCAGCACAUGGUGAAUGGCGAAUUGCCAUCGGAGGUGCCCGCUUCAUCCUGCUGCCAUGUGAUGUCCUCCAUGGAUGUAGACGUGGACGGGGACGUGGAUGCGGACAUUGAAGCCGCCACCUCCUCCUCCUCCUGCUCCGCUUCCCAGCUGAAUCCAUCGCCACCGCCUGCUGGCCACCAGCAGGCGAAGCCGGCGAGAUCCAGCUCGCCACCAUGCAAUCUCCUCGAGCGGCUCAACUUUCCCGAGGGCAACAUCAUCAACACGCUGCACACGAUCCUCGCGCUGCCGCCCUUCGAUCCCUAUGCUCCUGCUCCCAAAGCGGAGACGGUCUACAAGGAGGUAAUCUCUUUGAUGCAGUGGAGCCAGCGGGAGGACAACGCCAUCGAGCUGGAGCUCAGCGACAAGCUGCUCCAUGAGUGCGAGCACAAGGGCGGCGAUCCCAACGACGAGACGCGAUCUUAUUUGAUGGCCAUUGAGAACAUGCGUCUGUUUUCGGAGGAUCCAAAGAAUCCGCUGCGUGAUGCCGACGGACAGCUGCGUGCAAUUACGCUAUAUUUCCAGAAUCUUGCCUUCAUAUUUGUGAAACACGAGAAGGAUGAGUUCUUCACAUUUUGUUCCUGCAAGGAAUGUCUCGAAUACCGCGAAACCAUCAUGGCCAUCAUGAUGGAUCAAUUUAAGGCUGCGCACAUGGUGGUCAUGUUGCUGGAUGUUUUGAUCAAAGCCUACAGCCCCAUGUUGAAAAACGAUGCUGCCUACAAUAAGUUUGAGAAGCUGCUUGAGUGCAACAAGGAGAUCUAUUGGAUUACAAGCGGCUAUCUCUACGAUAAGAACGCCGAAUAUCUUGAUUUUAUUGAUGACACAGCGAUCUCCGACAAUAUGAUAUUAGUGCUAUUCAGCGCCAUCUUGAUGGCCAACAAUCCGAUGCUGCUGCUACAAAUACUCGCCUACAACGUGGAGUGCAUUGUGAAGGCAUUCUCCGAGGGCAUGAUCGAAAUUGCCCAGAAUAUCCAGGAGAACGAGAAAAUUUCCGCGGAAAGGAUGCUGACAUACAUUCUUGACGGCUACUCCGAUCUGAAUUGCAUCUCGCAGAAGAUCUCCCUCAGCCUGUUUGCGUUCGAGAACGACUUCCUGCGCAAGUUCAAGCUGUCGUGGGUGCUGUUGUGCCAGCGUCUUUUCCAGCAACAUGUGUUCACUCCUUUGGGAGAUACGAUGCUGGCCUGCAUCCUGUCGCUGAAGGAGGCGGCUCCAUCGGCCCAGACGACGGCGCUGAUCAAGCGGUACAUGCUGUUCGACGAGCACAUGCACUCCAUUGAGCGCCGCUGGACGGACAUCUGGAUCGAGCUGAACAAGUUCAACUUGUCGCCCACGGAGCACGAGCGAAGGAUGGGCCUGCUCGAUGUGUACAACAUAUUCGACAAGGUCGUCCUGGACGCCACCUCAUUCUCGCUGCCGGAUAUCAGCGACGACGAGUUCAUCGACUUCCAGCGCAUCGUGGAUCGCCAACUGGCCUGGAAAAACAUCAUGGCCUUCACGAAACUGAAGUGGCCCGACGGCUUCUACGAUCCGCCCAAUAAGCUGGUGCACGAGGAUCUCUGCAAGAAGUGCAAUUCGUUGCUCGAGCACCAUAACGAGAACUGCAAAUGCAUCACUUGCUCCAUCGCCGGCACUCCUUUGAGACCGCGGCAAGCGGGCCAUUGUGCCAAGUGCACAACGCUCGGCAUUGUCGAGAAGGAUCCGAAGCUGAUGAAGUCCAAGAUCCUCAGCACGUGCACCAGUGACGAGGCUAAGCACAAUGCGGCUACGGCGGCGACCGCCAGCUCCACUGCCGCCCAGCAGCAGCGUCGCAGCAACGAUCUCCCGGAGGACGAGUCGCCAUCGGGAAGCGGCAGCGGAUCGGUGUUCCGGCGACAGGCGGAGACGGUCGACACCCUGCGCACCACAUAUCACAUUGCAUGGGCGGUGUUCCAGCACCUGUCCACCAGGAAGCGCUACCGCCACGAGGCGAUUGAAGCGCAGUUCUUCUGCGGCGAGAACUGUCGGGUGUCCGCCUGCCAGCUGGCGAGGAAGAUACUGGCCAACCAGCUGUCGCCGCCGCUGACCAAGUAUCUGCUGCGCUGCUUCCAGCCGCUCUCGUUCACGCGGGAAGAGCUACGCUCCACGCUGCCCUCGCUGAUGUUCUUCAACCGCAAGCUGGCCCCGAGUCCCGCCGAGCUGCAGGAGCUGAGAAACCAGCACUACGUGUACAAAACCUACUGGACCUUCGUCCUCUCCAUCUACGCCAACUUCUUUGUCAAAUUCAACUCGAGCAGCACGGACUUCGGUCACCUGGAGCUGCUCAAGGGGGAUUUGCGCCUGCGGCUAAACAGCGUGGUCGGCGACAAGGACGACGGUCGCUUCGAGCAGUUUUUGGCGCAAGUUAUUGGGUAUUCACCUUUCAAAAUCACUGAUGAUUUUACGCUGGGUGAUGCCAAUAUAGAGAAGAUGCAAUUUGGAGUGGAUCAGCUUAUGAUGUUGCACGAUUCACAGAUAAUAAAACGCACUAAACCCGAUAGCACCACUGGCUCCUCGGGCGCCAAAUCCAAGGUCGGUGAAUCCAAUAUGUCGCAGUCCGGAGGCAGAAAUGGCGAAGCAGGUGGCAACAAGAAGAGCAAGGAAAAGAUGCGUAAAUGCUGUGCCGACUAUGCGGACAUUGGGGAGCCGUGCAAGGAAAACCACUCGAAGAAACGCGGCAAAAAGGAGUGCAACCAUGCGCGCUUCAACGAAACACGUGACCGACUGCGCAAGAAGCUCUCCCAGAUUGUCAACGACCGGAAGACGAAGUCCACGGAGGAGGCCAUGCCACCGAAGGCCAAGUCCAGCAUGCCGGAGCCCGCUGUUGUUGCUGCCCCAACAGCCAUCCCACCGAAGCGGCCGCCCAAGGCCGAAUCGCUUCCGGCUAGCCAGCCACCAAGCUUGAAAGUGUUCGCAACGGCGCAGCUGCCAUCCACCGGCAAUCAGCGGAAGAUGCCCUCGGCGGCAGCGGCUGCAGCAGCGGCUCUCAACGAGAUCGGCGAGCAGGUGGAACAUGAGGGCGACAAUAGUCUGCUCCGCCUGGACAGCCUCUGCAAGAGACUCCAAAUGCACUCGGAUGCGACGGAUGCCUCGGCGGCGGCAACUGCGGCAGAAGCUGCGGCUGCUGUGGCCGCUUUCAAGCGCGGCGGCGGAUUCCCGGCCGACUACAGCAAAGAAGACAUGAUGCAGGACUUUGCCGAGUUCCUGGGCAACUACAGCCAGCAGAACAGUCAGCAGGACCAACAGCGCUGGAUAAACGAGACGCUCAACUUCAUCGAGGGCAAGUCGCAUCAGCCGCAGACUGUUAAUCCGAAAAAGGCGGCCAAGAAGGCCAAGCAGAAGAUGCGCAAGGAGGAGGAGAAGCGCAUCAAGGAGCUGGAGGACCUGCGCGGCCAGUUCCUGGACAUCUACUUCAAGGAGUUCAUCGACAAGUACGAGAUGAAGGCUCUGACGGCUGCGGGCGGCCGGAAGAGGGAGAAGAAGCGCAUCGGCGAGCUGGAGACGAACAUCAAGAACCUGCAGCGGGCCAAGGCGAAGGUGGAGACGGUGAUCCUCGAGCUGAUUGCCACCGUUAAGCAGACGAACAGCGAGUUCAAGUUCUCCUACCUGCCCACCAAGCAGCAGCAGCUGGCCAAGAUGGCCCAGCUGGAGGAGAUCCUCAACGGCGGACCCCCGCCCGCGGCCACUGCCACCGUUGAACCAGCUGCUCCGGUGCCUGUACAACCCGUGCAGCAGUACGCCGAGUUCAGCGGCGGCACCUCCUUCUAUUCGGGACUCGGUCAGCCGAACACGCCCGUAUGCUUCGCCCCACCGUAUGUCUCGCAGCAUCCGCCUCAGCUGUCACGGGAUGUGAUCGCCGCCAUGGCGGCCAACUCCAUCACUGCCGAUCCCUCCAAGCGCAUUGUGACCAUACGCCGGGUGCAGCUGCCGCAUCCCGGUGCCGAGCAGCAGGUGACCGUGGUGGCCAAGGGCAGUGCUCCGCACGAGGACAAGCUGCUCUACACGUUCGUCAACGGUCACAUGGUGGCCUCGGGUCCGGCCCAGCCGGAGGAAGCGCCUCCUGCGCCCGCGGCUCCAAGUGUUCCGGAGAAAAGUGCCAAGGCCAAGAAGAAAGAGGCUAAGCGAGCGGCAGCGGCGGCGGCGGCAGCAGCGGCGGCGGAACAGGAAGCCAAGCUGAAGGCCAAGAAGCAGGCGAAGAAGACUGCAGUGGCAGUGGUCACCGCCUCCAGUUCCACGGCGAGCAGCAACUCCUCCAAGACGCAGACGCCGCAGAGCACGCGUGAGAGUUCGGUGUGCAGUGUGAAGCCAAAGGCUGCACCCAAGAAGCAAGCUGCCAAGCCACCGAAGGUGGUGGAAGUGGCGCCACCACCUGAUCCAGAGCCGGAACCGGAGCCACCGAAGCGCCAGAAGCGGAUCAAGUCGCGACUGGAUCCUGGCCAGCUGGACAACAACCCGUUCAAGUCGCUGCACAUGCAGGAUUCGUCGGAUGGCGAGUGGGAAACGGGUACUGAAUCGGAGGAAGAUGUCGAGGUGCCAGCGCCGCAGCCUUCCAAACCGCAACCCAAGGCGGUGGCUCCUGCUCCAAAGCCUGUUGCUCCUCCAGUGGUCACAAAACCCAAGGCAGCGCCUGCUCCAGUUGCCGCUCCUGCCAAAAAGGUCAAGCAGCAACCGGAGGCGCCGCAAAAGCAACAGGCGGCGCAACCCACAAAGGUUCAACCCACGGCCAGAGGCAAGGGAGCAGCUUCCUCCGGCGGCAAAUCGAACUCCCAACCGCCGCCGCAGCAGCAGCAGCAGCAACAGUAUCAGCAGGAGAAGGUGCCACCAGCCAAGAGCCAGCCGCCGCGCCCAGCGGAAACCGCUAGGAAGCAGAAGCAGCCGGCUCCUGGAAAUCUCGAAUCCAAUCGCUCCGUUCACAACCAGCAGCCGCCUCAGCAGACGCACCAGCAGUCGCGAGGUGGCCGGGGAACUGGUCGGGCGAAGCCCUCAACUGGUGGGCAGCAACAGCCGCAGAGCCAGCAGCACUCCAACAACGCCCAGCCAGUCGACGCCAGCGCUCCUCCGAAGAGAUCCCAGCGGGGAAAGCGCGCUCAUCGCCAGAAGCAGGAGGAUCUCUCCGGCAUUCCACACAACAUGGGCUAUUUCAAUCCCAACGAAGUUGCCAUACCUCCGCCGCAAACAGGCAGCUAUGCCAGCACAUUGUCGCAGCAGAUGCAGAACUUGCGCAUCGGCCAGUCGGGUGGCAAUUCCAGCGCCAAGCAGCCAUCGCAGUCGCCCAACUGCAGCAUCAUGGAUCAACUGAGUCGAGGCGUGCAGGUGGAGCACCUCUCGCUGCCACCUGGGAUCACGCUGACCAAAGUGGAUCCCGCCAAGAGCGAGCAGUUGCGCCAGAAGAGCGAGUCCAUUCGGCUGCUUUCCAAGCCGCUGGCCGAGCAGCAGCAGCAGCAGCCGCAGCAGCAUCACUUCCAGCAGCCAUCGCACCUUCUGGCCGGCUAUUAUGGAGCAGCCGGUGCCGCUGGCAUGGAUCCCAACGGGGUAAUCAUGGUGGAGGCCAAUCCGCGCCCGAAUCGCCACAGCCAGCCUACGAGUGCGCCACCAAAUGUGGCGGCAGCUGCCUCGGCGGCAAGUGCCAGUGGAAAGUCUUCGCGGCGCCGUCGUCGCAAUCGCGGGAAGUCCGGUGGUGGCAGUGGAGGAAACAUUGUCACCUCUGGAUCGGCCAACAAGCAGCGAUCGGGAGGAUCAGGAUCUGGAGCAGGGGAUAUCCAAAAACAGGCUGCCUCGCCAGCCGGUGCAGCCACCAUCAAAACCAAUGCCAGUGGCAAUAUUAUCACCCUGCGCAACCCAAUGUUCCACCAGGGCAAUGGACCAGUAUCCGGCGGAGGCAUGAUGCCACCCAAUCCCAACCCAAUGCCACCAGUGCGAAACUUUGGCGGUGCUCUGCCGGUGGCUCCGCCCAUGGCCAUGGAUCAGCCUGCCGCAAUCAUCAAGAACGAGAACGGCAUGUUCACCAUUCGCAAUCCGGCGCUUCACCAGGCGGUCACCAAUGGCCUGGCGAUGGGCGGCUACCGCCAGUUCGGCAGCAAUGUCAACUACUAUACGCCGCAGGAAGCGGUGGCCGAGGCGGCGCGGGCUACCCAGCAGAAACAGCAGCAACAGCAACUGGCCGCGGAAAUCGGCAGCGGCAACAACACCUCGAAUUUCUCCUACUUCUCUAGUGGAUCGGCCAGCGGCAACAGCAGCGGAAGCAGCAACGGUGGCAACGGGACGCACAACAAUAUCAGUAUUAGCUGUACAAACGUUCCCCCGACUCCAAACACCGCCGGCAGCGGAGCCAACAGCCCGGGCAGACUGGUCGGCGAUGCGGCGGUGAUUGCGCGUCCCAAGCAGUCGCAGAAAUGCCUCUCGGCCAUCGGCAGCGAGCUGAAGCAGAAGGCCAAGGACAGCAAGUGGCCCUGCUUUGGGCAGCAGCCGCCGCCAUCGGAGUACAAUUCGGUGGCGGGUGGAGGAGGAGCAGGAGGCGGCGGAGGCGUUCCUUUGCAGGAGAAGUACCAGCAGUCGAGCUACUACAACGGCUUCGAGGUCUUUUCAGCGGCGGGCGCGGCACAGGCUCCUGGCGGCGGCGGCGGAUCGAGCGAAUGCCACAUGCAUCACAGCUGCGGCGACGACUCUCCGCCGCCCACCAUCACCGGUUUCAAUUCCUACCUUGAGGGCAUCCCGAACACCGGAGUCAUUCGCUACGACGACGCCGCCUUUCUCAAGAACUUGAUUCCGGGCCAGCAUCUCAACAACGAGGUCUCCAUACACAAUAUAUCGGAGUCCAACUUCACGCGCAACAACGCGUCGCCGUCGCCGCACCACGUGGAGAUAACCAGCGUCUUUGGCAGCCGGGUGCGCUCCUCGAACGCCUAUGAUCCGCAACAGCAGGCACCGGCGGGCGUUGGUCCAGGUGCCAACUACUGCGACAGCGUGGCCGCCGACUACGGCAGUGAUUCCCACCUCUUCGUGCAGAACAGUCUGCUGACGCGAAUGCCACAGCCACCGGCACCUCCGGAUCCCUUCGGUUACGACUUCGAUCCCUCCGUGGUGCCCGGCGGUGAAUCGAAGGCGGCCAGCGUGGCCAGCGACCUGAACGAAUUCCUGCGCCGCAGCCCGCUGAGCCAGCGAACCUCGCCGUACAGUCCGGAUGAGAGUGCCGCCGCCUUGGAGACGUUCGUCCAGAACAUGAGUGCGCUGCAGAUCGCGAGCGAUGCCGAGCAGUGCUCGCGGCUCAACGGAACGGCAUCAGGGGGAGGACCCAACGAUGCACCCGCGGCGGAUGCCACCGCCGGAGGAGCCGCCAAUGCGGCCGCCGCCUGGUGGUGAGCCAACCACAUGACAAGAGGUGCUGCAUGGCCGGCAGAUUGAUUUGAACUCCACACAUUCAUACCGCUCUCACCAUACGCAGACAUUUCAUCGAUAGGGCUGAAAAACGAUAAUUGAAACCAGAAAAAAAAAAAACAAAAACGAAACAUAAAAAUACAAAAAAGCAGAAAACACAUCCAAGAAAUCAUUCAAAAUGGCUUAGGAGUCAAUUUCAAUGUUUCAACAAAAAAGAGAAAAAAUAAAGAAAAAAUUAACUUAAAUGGAA